AUGUUGUCUGAUAAGGAAUUGUACGAAUUGAACAAAAAAGCCGUCACGGAGGGCUUCAAGAUCAAACCCAGAAUCAACUACAACACCGUCGGUGGUGUCAACGGUCCUUUGGUGAUCUUGGACAAUGUCAAAUUUCCUUCCUUCAAUGAGAUUGUAAACUUAACCUUGCCUGAUGGCUCUGUGAGAGCUGGUCAGGUUUUGGAAGUCAGAGGCUCGAAGGCUAUUGUCCAGGUGUUCGAGGGUACCUCAGGCAUCGAUAUCAAAAAGACUAGAGUGGAGUUUACCGGCGAGAACUUGAAGAUUGCUGUAUCUGAGGACAUGUUGGGACGUGUGUUUGACGGUUCUGGUCGCCCAAUUGAUAAGGGCCCUAGAAUUUUUGCUGAGGACUACUUGGAUAUCAACGGAUCUCCAAUCAACCCUUACGCUCGUAUCUACCCUGAGGAAAUGAUCUCGACGGGUAUAUCUGCCAUUGAUACAAUGAACUCGAUUGCCAGAGGUCAAAAGAUUCCUAUUUUUUCUGCGUCCGGUUUGCCUCAUAACGAAAUUGCCGCUCAGAUUUGCAGACAGGCUGGUUUGGUGAGACCAACGAAGGAUGUUCAUGAUGGCCACGAGGACAAUUUCUCCAUCGUUUUCGCUGCUAUGGGUGUUAACUUGGAGACUUCCAGAUUCUUCAAGCAGGACUUCGAGGAGAACGGCUCUUUGGAAAGAACUUCCUUGUUUUUGAACUUGGCAAACGACCCCACCAUUGAGAGAAUUAUUACUCCAAGAUUAGCCUUGACCACUGCUGAGUACUUGGCUUACCAGACGGAGAGACACGUGUUGACCAUUUUGACUGAUAUGUCUUCGUAUGCUGAUGCCUUGAGAGAAGUGUCCGCUGCGAGAGAAGAAGUGCCAGGUAGAAGAGGUUACCCAGGUUACAUGUACACAGAUUUGUCUACUAUUUACGAAAGAGCUGGUAGAGUUGAGGGCAGAAACGGUUCAAUUACCCAGAUUCCUAUUUUGACAAUGCCUAACGAUGAUAUCACACACCCUAUCCCUGAUUUGACCGGAUAUAUCACUGAGGGCCAGAUUUUCGUUGAUCGUCAAUUGUCCAACAGAGGUAUCUACCCACCAAUCAACGUGUUGCCUUCUUUGUCCCGUUUGAUGAAGUCUGCCAUCGGUGAAGGUAUGACCAGAAAGGACCAUGGUGAUGUUUCCAACCAGUUGUAUGCUAAGUACGCCAUUGGUAGAGAUGCUGCUGCCAUGAAGUCCGUCGUUGGUGAAGAGGCUUUGUCUACAGAGGACAAGUUGUCCCUUGAGUUCUUGGAGAAGUUUGAGAAGAAUUUCAUUGCUCAGGGUGCCUACGAGGACAGAUCAGUGUUUGAUUCCUUGGACCUUGCUUGGUCAUUGUUGAGAAUCUACCCUAAGGAGAUGUUAAACAGGAUCAGUCCAAAGAUCUUGAAUGAAUUUUACGAUAGAGCCAGAGACCAAGACGAGGAUGACGAGGAUGAAAACCCAGAUAAGUCCCACGACUUGAUUGACGCUUAA